UCAAGACAGUUGUUGUAAAUUUCCAGCUUGCUUUUGAUUAAAGCAUACAGUAUUAAGGCAGGACAUGCAACCUUAGCGCGUGUAACAAGUUUCACCCCCCCCCUUUCGGUCCACCCCUUUAGGCCUAUUUACAAGUAUUAUGCGCACUACAACUAUCUUGCUACCCCCGGAAUACAAAAUAGAUCGUGCCAAACGUUUUGGAGCAAUCGUGUACACGUGAUUUUGCGGUAGUUUUGUUCCAGCCAUUCCAAAUGAAGACGUAGGCAGCGUUCAACCUGUCUGAAUGCCUGUCGUCGUAUAACACGUUGGUUUUUUGACAUACGGUUCUCUGCCCUUACAAUCAUGAAGUUUCUGCUGCUGUUGCUGUGCGUGGCUCUGGCCCAAGCUGAUCUUGCUCUGAUCUACCGAUCCAAUCAACGUUCUGUUCCGGACAGCUGGAUCAUUAAAAUCAAGGAUUCCGACCAGCUGGACCAGGUUGCGGAGGACAUUAUCAGCCGGUUCUCCAGAAUGCGUCUCCCAACUCCUGCAAUGACUAAGAUUCGUAAUCUCGUGCCUGUGCUUACAAUGAAGAUCCCAGCAUUCCUUCUUGAAGAGAUCCGCUCCAUUGACGGCAUCGAGUAUAUCGAACAAAACAAAAUCGCUACACUUGCUGCCACUCAGUCCAACCCGCCAUGGGGCCUCGACCGUAUUGACAGUCGCUCGGGAAGGGAUUAUUAUUAUACCUACAAUCCCAGCGUCCAAGGAAAGGGGGUGAAUGUUUACAUCGUGGAUACCGGGGUCCAAACCGACCACACGGCCUUUGGCGGGAGAGCCUCUGUGAUUUACGGGAAGGAAGACGACCACGGCCAUGGAACUCACUGCGCCGGCACGGCAGCGGGUAACUACUUUGGGCUGGCUCGUGAGGCUAAUAUUUUCAGUGUUAAGGUGUGCAGUCCAUUGUGCCCGUUGGGCACGAUUAUUGAUGGAUUUAACGCUGUGCUUUCACACGAUGGUGGUAAAGGUGGAGUUGUGUCUGUAUCUAUCGGUGGUUUCAGCAACGCCCCUUCUAUCACCACUGCUGUCAAUAACCUCUGGAAUAACGGCUACCUCGUGUCUUACGCUGCGGGCAAUGACAAUGACGACACCUGUAAUGUACAUCCACAAAAUGGCAACAACCUCAUUGUUACAGCAGCUUCGGACGACAUAGACGAGCGAGCAUACUUCUCAAAUUGGGGCUCGUGCGUCGAUAUCUUCGCGCCCGGCGUGGGCAUCCUGAGCGCUGGCUACAGCAAGACUAUCAAUUACGAUGUUGCAAUCAAGACUGGCACCUCAAUGGCUUGUCCUCAUGUGACAGGUGCGGCAGCUCUUUACUUCGGUAAGCAAGGUAGCAGUGCCACGCCCUCAUCGGUGAAGAACGCCAUACUAAACGAUGCUACCAAAGACGUCAUCACCGAUACCAAAGGCACUCCUAACCGACUUCUUUAUGUCAAUUUCUAAACGAUGAGCUUAGCCGUUCUCUACGUGCCAGAGAAAGACGAACCGACCAACUAUCAUUUCCGACUGUGUUAAACUCUACCAGUAGUCUACUCUUACACAAAACGUGAAUUUUCCUUUUAAAAUUCAAUUCUGAAAAUUACAUUAAUGGUUUCAAAUUUCUUUUGCACUUUAUGCAUUUUAUUCAAAGCAUUCGAACCGUUUCAAAUACAAUUGUGCGGACAUAUUUUGUGCCUGAGAAAUUUUAGCACAAGAAAGGGCAACACUGUAUUUCAUUAAAGUCUACUCAAGGAUCUUAUUACAAUUUAUUUUUUCCUAAAUCCCUCUUCUUUCAGAGAAGUUUAAAUUUGAAUUUUCAAGUUUUAAAGAAAGUGAAAGAAGUCCUCGGUGAUUUUUUAUGGUAUUUGCCUAUAAUUACCAAAUAAAACAUUGACAAUGUCACUGUCAUUUUUUAAUUUGAAUGAAUAAAUGAAUUUCUUUUCUCUUGCAGAAACAUAAA